CCCCGAGGUCGCCGACGACGCGCCGUCGACGAGCGGGAGCGAACGAGUGAACGCGCGGGGGCGUGCCCGGAGCCCUCUGGCGGGCAUGAGUAGUGCAGUGUAGUGGUGCAGUGCUUGUGGUGCCGCGCGGCCCGGAGUGCCCGGAGUGCCCGGACUGCAGCUGACAGUGAUGUUACCGGAAUUCGGCUUCGCGGGCAGCAUGCAGACGACGCAGGAGCUGAGCCCGCGUUCAGCCGAGCCGGCGGUGCUGGGGGACGCUGACUCCCUGGAGGUCGGCGACGGCCUCCCUCUCGGGGACCGGGACCUCGACGGCGACUCGCUGGGGGCGCCCGGCGGCGUCGGCAGGGACUCCGUGCUGCACACCCUCAAGGGCCUCACCAUGGCGGUCAAGCAGGAGUCCGAGGACGGCGACGACGCGCCGCACGCCUCGGAGCACGCCACCACCCUGGUCCAGGCCACGCCGUCGCCGCUGGCCGAGCGCCUCGCCGAGAGCCCCCUGUCCAGCCGCAUGUCCGCGUCCUCCAGGUCGAGCCCAUCCGCAGUGAUGGACCGACUUAGCCCCGCCGUCACGCACAGCCAAACGCAGCUGCAGGCGUCGUUCCACCACCAGCAGCAGCUGCAGCUGCGCCAAAUCCACCAGCGGAUAAAGGAGCAGCAGCAACAGCAGCAGCAACAACAGCCCAGGAUGGAGUCCUCGCGAGGCAGCGACACUGGCAGGGGCAGAGGGCGCCGGCGGUCGCGCUGGAAGCUCAAGUUCCACCACCAGGCGCUGCCGCCGGAGUACCUGGACCACUACGAGGCCUCGCUGGCGUCGCAGCAAGGUGGCCGUCCGCGCGGCAAGGACGACGGCGACGACAAGGCGAGGGUCAUCGGCAGCAGGGCGCCGCGGAACCACAAGCGGCCCGCCCCGCCCGCCGCCGCCACCCCGGCCAACGGCUCGGACGGCGAGGCCCUCGCGGCCCCGCUGCCCAUCCCCGUGCCCAUGCCGUUCGGCCUGGAGGUGCUGACGCGCUACCAGGCGCUGCUGGGCCAGGGCAAGACGGACCUGGACCCGGCGGCCUUCGUGGCCAUGAGCCUCAUGGCGCAGGCCGAGCAGGCCGAGCAGGCGCCGGCCAAGGAAGAGCGGCCCGCCAACGGCCAGCGCGCGCUGCUGUCCAGCCUCCUGAGGAGGGACCCCGUGGUGGAGUCCGCGCCCCGCACCGCGCCCAGCAAGGUCAUGACGUACCAGGACCUGCCCUACAUGGGCGAGAUGACACUGGACAACAUGAAGCCGCGGCGCGGGCGCAAGCCCAAGAAGGCCGACAUCUGCCACCUCAUCUACAAGAACUACGGCACGGUGAUCCCACCCGACGUGGACGACGUGGCGGCCGUGGCGGUGGCCCCCGUGGCGGUGGCACCCCGGCCCACCGCCCUGCCGCUGUCGCUGGCGCCGCGCCUCAGCCGCAGCGACGUGCAGAGCCGCAUCAUCUCCAGCCUGCUAGAGAAGCGCCUCACGCAGGAGGAGCAGGCCGAGGCCUCGCAGCGGCAGCGCGACGAGCCGCUCAACCUGUGCGUCCGGGACACCCGCGGCGCGCGCGACUCCCGCGACGCCCGGGACGCCCGGGACAGCCCGCUCAAGAUCAAACUGCUGCGCCGCCACGGCAACUUCUACGAGUCCAACAACGGCGUCCCCGCCGCGGCUGGUGCCGGCGACGACGACGACGACGUCAAGUCCGAACCCGCGUCGCCCGAGAGCGAGGUCAUCGAGGUGGACGCCGACCCCAGUCUAGUCAACCAGGACGGCGACGACGAGGACGAGGAGGACGCGGACGAGGAGGCCAAGCAGGCGGUGUUCGCGCGGCCAGACAUGCUGUACUGGGGCUGCAACGGCGCCAGCGGGGUGCCCGGCAUGUACGUGCACCCGCUGCUGUACGGCGUCCACGGAGUCCACGCCAAGGCGCUGACCAUGGCGCCGCACGUCAUGCCCUCCCUACCGCCGCUACCGCCGCUGCUGCGGCUACCUGGCGUUGACGAGGACCCCAUCGCGACCAUGGCGGCGCCGCCCCCGCGGGCCAGCAGGUCGGACGCGGCCCCCAAGCACCACGUCGCGGCGCAGCAGAGCCGGACGUCCCGGGCUGCCAAGGCCCGCCACUCCGCCUCCCCCGCCUCCAGCCCCUCGGCGUCGCCCGCCCCCGCGCCCAGCCCGCCCAAGCGGAAACGCUCCGCCAUCUUCAUCCCGCCAGUUCCGGCGGAGAGCAGCAGCAACCCCACCACGGAGGUCAGCAUCUGCAAGUUCAAGUUCACCGGAGGCGCCAAGCCCAGUCUGCAGGAGAAGAAGAUGCUGUCCGUGGACGCGGGCGGCAACUUCCGCUACUACAGCGGCACGGGGGACAAGUCCAUGCGUGGCUACGAGUUCUUCCCCCGGGAGUCGAUGCAGCAGCAGCAGCAACAACAGCUGCAGCUCCAACAACAACAGCAACAACAGUUGCUGCCCAAGUCGUACCCGGCGCACGCCGCCCCGCCGCCGCCGCCGCAGUCAGAAAGUCUGCGCUCGCUUCUGUUCCAGAACGUUAUGGAGAGCUUGCACAUGCCAGCACAGGGCCUGCAGCAGGGCCUGCAGCAAGGCCUGCUCGGCUUCCCUCCUCCGCAGCUCGCCGGCACGCCGUCGUGGGACUUGGAGGCGGGCCCGUACGCGCACCAAAGCCAGCAGCAGCAGAACCGGGCCGCGCCGCUCGCCGCCCGCAAGCGCAAGACGCGCAAGUCGCUGGAGCGCGAGAAGCUGGAGAAGACCUUCAAGGAGAAGGGCUUCCUCAUCCAGACGCAGCAGCUCGAGUCCGCCGAGGGCGCCACCUACUGCAAGUUCCGGCAGCUGCGCAAGUUCACGCGCUACCUGUUCCGCAGCUGGAAGGACUACCUGCCCGGCAGCGUGACGGAGGGCCAGGGCCCGGCCUCGGACCCCGGAGUCCGCUCCGGAAUGGACCCUGGAGGCGACCCUGAAGGCGAACCUGGAGGCGACCCUGGAGGCGAUCCCGGAGGUGGCCCCGUAUCCCUGCACCCGGAGCUGGACGAGGCGGAUGACGACCUCCUCUAGGCCGGGCAGGCGCAGAGUGGCGCCAAGGCGUUGCGGAAGCCCUUGCGGAAGCCUGGAACCUACUGUGAUUUUUGUGAUUGUGUUAGUGCGCGCUGCCGUUGUUGUGUGAAUUGCUCAAUGAUGUCCUUGCAAGGCCGUCGCCGUGUCCUGGCCUUCGUUUCUCUGCCCGAUGGGAGGGGCGCUUAUGAAAAAGAUCUCAGUAUUGCUGUAAGUUGACGAGGAACAAGAGAAGACUGCUAGGUCAAGGUCAGUGUAUGUUCAGUAGGGUUACUCUGUACAUAUGUGUAGUUAGCUCAUUUUCAUCGAAAAAGCACGCAUUCUACGACGUAAUUUCAACUCGAAUCGCGCAAAUUCAUAAUCCUCAUUUCCUCGCACCAUCAAGCUCUCAUUAAACUACAAUUUAUUCUUACGUUGUCUUACUCCUUUUGACUGGGCAAGUUCAAAUUGACUCCACCAGUUUCAAAUUGUGCAUUUAGUAGACAUUAAAGACCUUUGAAAUUCAGAACAUUGGACGACUGUGAUUUAUAUUAGUUAGGAGUUAUUGUUGACAGGGAAAAGUAAACCUUUUCAUCACCCAAAUUAAAAUUGUGUAUUUUGUGAUGAUUUAUUUUGUCAUUAACAUGUAUGUGUAACAAGAUGAAUCGGGUCGGUCUCAUGUUCAGACGAACAAAUGCACAGUGUGCCGGCAGAGAGAUUUGACUGAUAUUUAGCUUUUAAAAAAUCUUAGUCAUUUGAGUGCUGGAGCAGGUGGUGCAUACAUCGAGCAAAGGGAGAGAUAAGCAAGCAGUAAACUUUGCAGAAUUUUUAAAGUGAACGAUUGGAAAUGUUGUAGUUGUUAAAGAAAAGGUUACUGCAUGCGCAUCCCCUCAGCACACGCGACUGUAUCUAGUCCAUUACUAAUAGAUGUGAUUAAUUUCAAAAACGUCAGAUUUUUGUUAACCGUUUUAUGAAACAUAAAUAAAUGAAAUUCGUUUAGUU